AUGGACUCCAUUGUUGCGCAAAUCCGCACCCUGGUUGAAUCCGCCGACGAGAUCGGUCGACUGAACAUACAAGUUGCCCUUCGGAGGGCCCUAUCAGAACUGCAAGGUCCUAGGGAUGUGGUUAUAGAUCUUGUAAACUCGAACAUGCUGUACGCCAUGAUUCGCGUCGGGGUAGAUUUGGGGCUCUUCCGCACUUUAGCUGCGAAUAACAGGUCUUUCAAGGUUAAAGAGUUGGCAGACCUCACAAAGUCAACCCCUGAGCUUCUGGAGAGAAUCACUCGUUACCUGGCCUCGAACAAUGCAAUUAAGGAGGUCGGCGUCAAUGAAUACCAAGCAAGCAAUAUCACCCAUAUAUUUACUAGCGACCUGGGUGAGGGAAUGGUCUACCAUGGCUUCAAUACCCAUGGGCCUGUCAUUCAAGCACUGCCCGACUUCCUUGCAGCCACUAAGUACCAGGACAUCACCAGUAACACAAACACUCCAUUCCAGGUCGCUCACAACACCAAGCUCCAGUCUUUUGACUGGAUGGUCAAGCAUCCAGAGCACUUCGACUCUCUGCAGACGGUUAUGACAGGCUUCCAGGGAGCGGAAUGGGCUGUUGGUCUUGAUACCCUUGACAUCGAAGCCAAAAAGGUUCCUUUCGCUCCUCCCCAGUCUUCCGAGAAGCCAUUCUUCGUCGAUGUAGGAGGUGGCCAUGGUCACCAGUGCAUCCAAUUAGGCAAGAAGUAUCCCAAUCUCCUCGGCCGACUUGUGCUCCAAGAUCUACCCGAAGCAGUCAACAAGCUGUCUCCUAUCGAAGGCGUGAAAGCCGAAGCCUACGACUUCUUCGAAAAGGAGCCUAUUACAGGAGCCAAAUUUUACUAUCUCCGAAGAAUCAUGCAUGACUGGCCUGACAACGAAGCCGCAAAGAUCCUCCAAAACAUCGCCGGUGCCAUGGCUUCGGACUCCCGGAUUCUGAUUGAUGAGAUCGUCAUGCCGGAUAUCAGCGCCCACUAUGAAGCUACCAUGCAAGACCUGGCAUUGAUGAACAUGUGUGCUGGAAAGGAGCGCUCGAAGCAGCAGUGGUUGGAUCUCGCCGAUCGCGCGGGCUUGCGCAUUGAGGAUGUUCAUACUUAUGUUCCUUCUACUCAUACCUCGGUUAUUGCUCUGGCUUUGAAGUAA